AUGGCUACAGGUGGCGGACAUGAAAAAAUCGCACAACGUGUUCUACGUUUGACUGACGUUGCACAGGAACCGACCGAUUUCCUCAUGCCUAUUAGUGGUUACGAGAAAAUGCCACUCGUUUCACUUGAAGAAGCAGUUGAACCGCUCGUGCCAAUGUUGCCGGCAGUUAAAAGUUAUUCAUAUGCAGCUAAAAAGAAAUGCAAGAAGCCAGCUGAUAAUUUGACGCCAGAUGAAUCGGCUUCCAUCAUGCUCUAUUCGAUGGGGUGGGAGCCACUUGAUGAAUGUCUUUACUUUGCUCUAAAUGCUACAUUACGGUCAACAAAUCGGGCAAAACUGAAGCCAUGGUUUUUGUUCCUUCGGCUCUUUCUCACAGCACUAUUUCGCCUUCCACCGAUUCCACAUCUGACGGUGUUUCGAGGCGUCAAACUCGACUUAAGCGAACAGUUUGAAAGAGGAGAAACAAUCGUAUGGUGGGGCUUUUCUUCGUGUACUACUUCGAUCGAGGUCUUGCAAUCAGAAGAAUUCCUAGGCAAGACAGAUGCACGAACCAUGUUUACCAUUCACUGUCAUUCAGCCAGAGACAUUCGUAAGCACUCCUUCUACCCGUCAGAGGACGAAGUGCUAUUACUUGCUGCUACAGAGUUCAAAGUAAAAGAUGUUCUUGAUCAAGGUCACGGUCUUUACAAUAUACAAUUGCAAGAAAUUCAAUCCGGUGAACCAUUACUCAUCCCAUUACCGGUCGCUGCAGGUUCGACUAAUUUACCUGUAGAUCAAUUCAAAAGCUUGAAAGUGAGCAACGAUGCAACAGCAACAAGUUUCAAAACAAGUCACUCUACUGCAACCACACCGAAAUUGAAAUUGAAAAAAUUAGAAGAUGCACCAGUGAUAACUUCAACAAAAGCAGGUAUAUAUUGCUUUAGAAAGCGACGAAACUAA